AGUAAAGCUAUCAGCAGUGAUUAUCCCCUGCUGACGUAAUGCAUGAAAUACGUCACAGCGUUCUCUUUCGAAGAUUCCAGCAAGGAAUACAGGUCAGAAAAUUUUUUGUCUCGGUUAUUAUUUUUAAUUUUGUUAAACUAUAAAGUUUUAAAUGAGCUGCGAUGUUAUACUCUUGAUUUAUUUAGAAACUCUAAAUAUUUUAGAUGUACAGUACAGAGGAUCUAGAUCUAGAUUCUCUAUUUAAAUUUUUUAUACUGAGUAGGCAAGCAGAUUUAGCUCUAGAUCGGCCGUUAAAGACCCGAGCCCGUGGCAAACAUCUACAUAUUUUCACACCUUUGCUAUAUGCUUUUAACAUUGCAUUCAAUUUAUUUACAUAUCUGGAAAUGCCGAAGAGACAAUCCAGGGGCAGACGCCGUAGGGCGGAGACUUCCAUUGUGGCCUCACAAGUUCAAACCAGGAGGACACGUAGGCGCACACCCAGAGCCAUUAACAGCCAAUUAACAGCACAGAGUCAUCCGGUUACGACGGAGUAUAACCAAAUCAUGAACUCUCACUUAAGUAGCUCUAAUCUGGGACAAUUUCACGCUUCAGAGACAAUAAAUGCUCAAGACUUCAGUGCUGGAUCUGCCAAUUACCCCACCACUGGUUCCUUUAUAAGAGGACUGUCUGGACAAUACCAGAACACCGACACUCGGGUUUCUCCCGGUAUAAGUAGUUCUACAUGUACGGCUUUUGGUGUUUUUUCCAGCUAAUCACGGACAACACUAUGGUUCAGGACAACUUCAGAACACUAACAUUUCUAGUGCUAAUACUGGUUCAUUUAUUCCACAAGGACAAUAUACAUUUCCUCCAUUUUCUGGACAUGCUCAAGGACAAUUACAGACCAGCAGCAUUACAAACCCUCUUUUUUCUCCCAGUAUAAGUAGUUCUACAUGUACGGCUUUUGGUGUUUUUCCAGCUAAUCCGGGACAACACUAUGGUUCAGGACAACUUCAGAACACUAACAUUUCUAGUGCUAAUAUUGGUUCAUGUAUUCCACAAGGACAAUAUACAUUUCCUCCAUUUUCUGGACAUGAUCAAGGACAAUUACAGACCAGCAGCAUUACAAACCCUCUUUCUCCUAGUGUUCAGUAUAAUCCGAUUAAUCUGCAGGGAAAUGAACAGUUUCGCAACAAUUAUGUUGGACACCCUGCUCUGAUGAACACGGAGAGCAUUCAGGCCAGUACUAGUAACAUCCAACAAGAUUCUCAACAAUACGGUACAGCCUUUCAAGAAGUCGGUGCUUCAAAUUCACAUGCGCCACAACCGACUGGGCCAUUACACAUGGAUUCGACUCACCCUGUAGUGAACCAAGAUGUCUGUCUGCCACAAUUGUCAGCUGUCCUACCUCCUGACCCUGUUACAGAAGAUACGUUCCAUGUGUGGAUAGUUGGUUCUUCCAUGGUGAGAGAUGCAUUUUACCAUGCAACAGACAAAAAUCUUGGUCUCUCGCAAAUUGGAGGGGUAGUAGAGUGGAAAUUUAAGCCUGGUUUGCGCGAACAUCAACUCUUUCCGCUUAUCCAGGAAAUGUCAACUGAUAAACCACUUCCUUACUUAAUUGUUAUUCACUGCGGCGGAAAUGGUUUAGGACAAGCUCCUUUGGGUCAUAUUCAGCUUCAAUUAAAACAGUCAGUUGAAUCCAUUCUAAGAAUUUUACCAUCAACACGAAUUGUUUGUCCUCAAUUAUACCGAGGCUAUAUUACCGAAACGAAGUUAAUCACGAUAAACUGGAAAAAGCCAGGAAAAGAUUAAAUACGGAUCUUUCAAA